GUGGGCUGUUGCAGAAGAAGAAUAUCAAUAUGUAUUUGAUACAUUGUCACGAGAUACAAGUCAAGAAUUCUCACACGGCAAGAUCGAUGACUUAACAAAUAAAUUAAGAAAGGAAAUGAUUGAUACGGAUACAACAUCCGUUCAGGAACGGUAG